AUGGUAAGAGAAGCACACGAAUUAUUAGAUGGUAGUAGACCUAUACCUAUUGAUAAAAUUACGUAUGAAUUAUCUCAAAAUAUUAUUUUAGCUUUUGAUAAUAAUGAAAAUAUUAAUAAUAAAAAUAAACAAAUAGAAAUAGAAGCAAGAAUUGGAAUGGUUCUUGAUAAAAAUAAAAACAGAUUAAAGCUACCUAUAAAUACUGAUGCAAUAAUUGAAAGUAAUUAUUCCGAUUUUAAAGCAGGUAUUGAUAAAGAAGAAUUUGAGUAUCUUUUAAAUUAUUUAAAUAAUAUGACUAUAAAAAAAAAAUUUAAUUUAUUUAGUAAUAAUGAAGAUAUUAGUAAUUUUUCAAAUGCUAAGAAUACUUUUGGUGAUUUGAUUGAGGAUAAUAAUAACAAUAAAGAGGAUUCUAUUUAUGAGUUUGUAGCAUUAAAAUUUGAUAAAAGUGUUGAUAAAUAUUAUAUAAUAAACAAUAAUAAUACUAGAAUUAGAGUAACUACCUCACUAAGUGAUGACGAAAAUCAGGAAAAUGAAAGUAUGGUAAAAUCAUUAUACAAAGAAAACAUUAAUACUUGGAAUAUUUAUUUGGGUAAUAACAAUGAUUAUUUUGAUGAUGAUGAUGAAGAAGAAAAUUAUAAGAAUGAUUCAAUAGAUUAUCGUAUUUCUAUCAAUAUUGAGCAUACUAAACCUAUAAGCAAACUUUAUUUAUCUAAAGCGACACCUGUAUAUGAAAGAUUCAAGGAAAGAACAACUUUUUUAAAUAAAUAUUUAGGCAUACAAUUGGAUUUAACAAAAAUUAAAACAAAAAAUAAUGAGCUAUAUGAAAUAGAAAUUGAAAUACCAUCAAAAAGCAUUCUUAAAGCUAUGUCAAAUUUAAGAAAUAAAAAUGAUUCUAAUUAUUUGCAUUUUAUCUGCUCUAAUUUAGUAAAUAACGUUAGAGGAAUAUGUAGUCAUUUAAAUUAUUUAAAAAGCAAGAAUAUUCUAAAAUAUCCAAAUGACACAUUACUGAAUUCUCCAUUAAAUUAUUCUCAUCCGCCAAAAGAAAAAAAAAAAUUCAAAAAAUACAUUCACGAUGUACUUCCUAUUGUUGGUGACUAUAUGUAUAGAGUUGUUGCUAAAAAUGAAAAAAAUAUAAGAAAAAAAAUGAAAGAUAAUAGUAUUUCAAAUUACGAAAAAAUGAAUAUUUUUAAAAACUUAAUUGAUAUUAGGAGGCAAAAUAAAAAGUCAUUAAAGAGAAUUAGUGAAAAUUAUGUAGAAAAUAAAUGGAAAAUUAUAAACAGAGAUUCAAAAAUUGAGAUAGUUUUACAAAGUGAUGAAGAAGAAAAUGAUGAAAAUAAAAGCAACAUUGAUAUAGAAGAUAAUUAUAAAAAUGAAAAUUAUGAUAAUUUUAGUAGUGAAGAUAAUAACUUUAAUGAUGAAAAUAAUAACUUUAAUAUUGAAGAUAACUAUAAUUUUAAUAAUAAAAAUAAUAACAUUAAUGUUGAAGAUAAUCAUAAUUUUAAUAGUGAAAAUAACUUUUAUGAUGUGAAUUUUAAUGAAAACUCUAAUCAAGAUAAUAAUAAUAAUAAUUAUAAAGAAUUCUAUAAUGAUAUAUAA